ACCACACGUGCAUCCUCGAUCGUUGCGUGAUCACGCGUGGAAAAGUUCUGCCGACAACGUUCUGCUUUUCCAUCGCCCAGUCGAUCGUGGAAAACUCAUCGAGACGGACGUCGGAAAGUGAUCGUGCGGUGGGUGUCGUAGUUUUGUGUGACGAAUCUUCAAGUGAAACCAACAACAGAUGUUUAUUCGUUAACUCACACUCAUGGUGAAAAGUGGAAAAUCUUUAAGUGAUUGUCUGGUGGAAAGCUGCUCGUGCUAGUGACGCCGAAUUACUACCGUACUAUGAACAAUCCUUCCCUCGGUAAACCGCUAGUGACAUCGACCAUUACAUCAGCGAUGGCAUCCACGUUUGCAACCGCAACACCGACCACCAUUCACCCGGUCGAUCCGGCGGCAAACAAUCGUGCGAAAAAUAGUUUCUCAAUCGAACAUUUGCUCGCGAAACCGGACCAUCGAGCCAGUGCUGCUGCGCCAUCCUCAUCGGCUUCCGGUGGAACGUAUCGUGGAUUGGAUCAUCGGCUGGUGGGAUCCUUUUCGAACGCUAUUCCCGCAGUGCCUAGCGGAAUCGUUUAUCAGACCAUGAUGACACACAGUUCGUCUGCGGCUGAGUUUAUGGAUGUUAGUAAGAGUGAGCCGAACGUGAGUUCGUUUGACGAGCGAUCACCGUCGGAAGAACGGGCGGGAUCCUCAUCGCCCGAGUCUAGCUGCAACGAGGAUACGAUGGAUAACUGUUCGGAGAUUGCUUCCGAAGGUAGCGCUGGAGGUGGUCUCACACCGCACGACGAUCGAAAGAAACGACCCCGGACAGCAUUCUCAGCGGCUCAGAUUAAAGCCCUCGAAACGGAAUUUGAACGCGGCAAAUAUCUAUCCGUCGCGAAACGAACCGCACUGGCCAAGCAGCUACACCUAACCGAAACGCAGAUAAAGAUCUGGUUCCAAAACCGACGCACCAAGUGGAAACGCAAGUAUACGGCCGACGUAGAGUCGCUGGCCUCACACUACUACUCCCAGCUCGGCAUUGGAAGCUUCGCCCGACCGAUGGUCGUUGGAGAUCGGUUGUGGCUGUUCAGCCAAACACCAAACGGACCAACACCCGUCCAAUCGCUUCUUCUGAACGGUCCGCAGCCCGGUUCGGCUGGUGCAGCGUCGCCCCACCAUCAUCCACCGCUCGGUAUGCAACAUCCAGCCGCCAUUCGACCAUAUCCAGGACUGCCGGGAUCAAUCCCUAUGAACCCGGGUCCUAAUUUUGCCACACGUCCCGGAAUGCCAUCAGGAGCGUACAUCCCCACAAUUAACUCUUCAGGACCGGGUGCAUUUCCGUACAAAAUUCCUUCACCAUCGCCGCAAAACCGACUAGUACAACCACUUGGCCUGAGGCCACUCGCUACGGGUGAUCUCAUCGACGGUGCGUACUACUCUGCCGCCGGUAUGCCUGGUCCAAAGUUUAACCCAAACGAUCUCGUGAACGGUGGACUGCUGGCCACGGAUAGCAACAGCUCGGGAAUAGCCGAUCUCGAGCGAGCAUUUGGCAAUCCGAGCAAUAUGAUCGAAAGCUUAACCACAUCCAGCGCGGCAGAAUCGCCGAUCGUGGCCGGUGUGCGUGCCGGCGGCAAAAAGGGCACGGAUUCGAUCAACAACAACGAGUGUACUAGCAGGGAUGGUUUGGCAGCUGGCAGUGAGCAGGAUUCGUCCAGUGAAAUUGAUUGUGAAGAAAUAGAGGAUGAAGCGAUGCUAUGAUCACAACCUCUUUAGAACCUUUAGAAACGAUGAUGAAAAUUCCAAUGUUUGAAUCAUUUUUUUUGUAAAAAUAAAUGUUGCAUGAA